AUGGCCGCGACAGCGGCAGCAAGGCGGGCAUCCGGAUGGCAAUGGCGCCGUCCAAAUUCCAAUGCAGGGCUCCAGGCAGUGGUGGAAGCCAAGGCGAUGCCCAUGGUCAUCACGCGCAGCUACGCCAAGACCCCGCCCAAGCCCAAGCCCCAGCCCGCCUAUCUCUUCGCCAAGAACAUGGAAGAGGUGGACUACUGCCCGCGCACCUCCGCCGCCCGGCUGCGCACCACCAAUCUCAUCUCCUACCUCUGGAUCAGCAGCUACCGCAGCCCCGACAAGACGCACCACAAUCUGGAGCGCUUCCUCCACAGCCCCGACCUCUGGCACUGCGCCUACCAGCGAUCCUGCUACAACCGCGGCCUCUGGGCGCCCACCAGCCGGAUCGACCAGGAGACCCUGGCCGACCUCGACAACCUCAAGCGCGCGGUCAUGGACGGCACCUUCGCCUGGGGCGGCAAGGAGCAGAUCUUCGUCUUCCCGCCGCCCAAGCCCGGCAGCGACCCGCCCCCAAUCCGGCAGCGCGACGACCCCCGCGGCGAUUUCCAGGACGAGAUCGUCCAGGAGGUGCUCAUCUUCGUGCUGGAGCCGCUGUUCGAGGUGAGGCUCUCGCAGCGCGCGUUUGGGGGGCGGCCGGGGCGGAGCGCGCAGUCGUGCCUGCGCUACAUCCAGGGCAACUUCGACGGCGUGGUGUGGACCGUCAAGGGCGAUCUCACCAAGCUCUACGACGAUCCGCAGCCGGAGCUUAUCACCCGGGUGCUCGCCAACGUCGUCCAGGACUCGAGGGUGAUCGAGCUCAUCGCCAGCGGCCUCCGAGGGAGGCUCCGGCUCGAGGUUCCCAUCCCGCGGCCGGUGAGAGUCUCGUAUCGCCAGCUAAAGCAGCUGAGCGAGGAUAAGAAGCCCAAGCGGUGCCCGUUCUGGCUGGACACCGUGCUCGGCUUCGCUCCGGUCGAGGCGCAAAAGUCGCCCAAGUGGGGAUACUGCCACAAGCUCGCGCCUCUCCUCGCCAACAUCUACCUCAACGAGCUGGAUUCGUGGAUGGAGGGCCAGAUGAGCGAGUUCUUCCGCCCCCACGAUCCAAACUUGGGCAUGGAGCCGGACGAGUCCCCGCAAGGAGAUUAUCUGUGGCAGCACAAGAAGGAGCCGGACAGCAGCGACGACGAGGAGACUUACAGGAACACGCCUUACAUCGAGCGGCGGCACUACGAGGAUUCCUCGUCGAGCAGCGACGAUGAAGAAGGUGGCGAUGGAAAAGGUGGCGGUGGCUCCCCGCCGCCGAAUCCCCGGCUGGAGCAGCAGCUGGCGGUGGUGGCCGGGAAGGAGCUCAUGUCGGACAACUCCAAGCGCAUGGAGUACAUCCGCUACUCGGGGCACUUCCUGAUAUCGGUGCGCGGCACGCGGCACGACGCGCUGCGCGCCGUGGAGCGCUGCCGUGCCUUUUGCCGCGAGACCUUCUUCACGGAGCCGGACCUGGACCCGCCGGUGCACAUCACCCGCCGGACCUUCUUCCUGGGCCACGAGAUCUUCCGCCGCCGCCUCAUCAUCACCCGGCGGCAGCUCUUCUCGGACAACAGGUACCGCACGCUCAAGCUCCACAAGACCAUCCUGUGCGUCAAGGCGGACAUGCAGUACUGCCUCCACAAGCUCCGCGAGGUCGGGGUGCUCAAAGGUGACGACCACCCGCUGGCGUGCAUGAGGCUCUUCCACACCGAGCAGGCGCAGACCAACGCUCACAUGAACAAGCUCCUCCGCGCGCUCGCCGACUGGUACAAGUACGCCUUCAAUCGCAAGGCCGUCUGCGGCCUCAUCGGCUACGUCUUCCGAUCGUCGCUGGCGAAGAUGUACGCCGCCAAGUACAAGCUCCGCUCGCAGGCGAAGGUUUACAAGACGGCCAGCUCCGACUUGAGCUACCAGCUCAAGGACCGCAAGGGGCGGACGCCGCAGUACCGGCAGGCGGUGGUGUCGGGCAUGAAGACGGGCAUCGAGCCGAUCGAGUUCCGGUUCCUGGACCGGAUACCCGAGGCGGUGUUCUCGCCGCUGCCGCGGAACUGGAUGCCGGUGCACGAGCGGCUGCUGCGCGAGUUUGCGAGCCUCAAGGAGCCGCAGACCAUGGAGGCGGAGCUGGAGGCGAUGCGGGACAAGGAGCCGGCGGCGGUGAGGGAGAGGCUGUCGAGCAUCGUGUGGGAGUCUUACCGGGGCGGGACGGCGAGCAUGGCCAACUUGGACGAGGACCUCGCCAAGAAGAAGCUCCGGCAUGUCACUCCAUACCUCUCGGAGCACGACCAUGUCCCUCCUCCACCUCUCUAG